AUGUCUAGCGGGUCUCCUUCCAAUGCAAACUCCCCCGCCGAUACUCAGGCGACCUCUGUUUCACCUCCUGGUGAAACAGACUACUCCCCUACAGAGCCGAUAAAGGUUGAAGAUACCGGUAAGCCAUUUCCUUUUAUCUCCUGGCUUCCAGAAGCCCUACUUGUGUCUUCAUAUAUAUCUCCAUAUAUACAUAUAUAUAAGUGGGGGAAUUCCAAUAACUGACUCAAUACUAUCCUGUAUUAGAGGGUGGCUUUUCCAAUGUUCCUGUGGACAAGAUGAAGAUUCGUCUCGACUUUUUAAUCAAGCAGAGCGGAAUUUAUACCUCCAUCAUUGGGGAGAAAAUGAUGCAGCAGCAGCAAGCGAUGAGGAAGCGAGCUGAAGCUAUCGAUAAGAAGCAAAAGGCGGAAAUGGAGGAAGAGGCAGCAAAAGCCGAUGGGAGCGUUAAGGUCGAGAACGUUCGCAAGAGCUCUCGCACUGCUGGUGCUUCCUCUACUGAGCAGGAGUCGCACACCACAAAGGCCAAGAGAAGGCUUGGACGCCCUGCUAAGAAGGAAACAGCCAACAUUUCUGAUUACUUCACCAAAGAUGAAUUGAAAGGCGCGGGAAAUACUGCUCAGGCAUUGGCAUCUGCAGUUGAGGAAGCUGGGGAGACGAAAUUGGGUCAACAGAAAGACCUAAAAUCGGCUAGGCAGCCUAAGUUGAUUACUGGCGGUAUUAUGAAAGAAUAUCAACUUCAAGGACUAGAAUGGUUGGUUUCCUUAUAUGAGAAUGGACUCAACGGAAUUCUAGCAGACGAGAUGGGACUUGGUAAAACUCUUCAAACAAUCAGUUUCCUGGCGUUUCUGAGAGAAAAGGGCAUGAUGGGUCCUUUCCUGGUCGUCGCACCCGUGUCUACGCUGUCGAAUUGGGUUGAAGAGAUUGCGAGGUUAGUGGUUCUGUUUGGUUGCUAGUCAUAUUAGGCUUGAUGGCUUAUUUUUCGUUUAGAUUCGCUCCCGAGAUCCCAGCCGUUCUUUACCAUGGGACUCCACCUGAGCGUGAGGAAAUACGUAGGACAAGGAUGGCGAGGAUGGAUGCGAGAUUCCCCGUUAUAUGCACAUCCUAUGAACUCGUCAUGAUCGACCGCAAGCAUCUCAAAAAGCACAGCUGGAAGUUUAUCAUUAUCGAUGAAGGUCACCGUAUCAAGAAUCUCAACUGCAAGUUGAUCAGCGAGUUAAAGAAGUACAAGUCAGCCAAUCGUCUGCUACUUACUGGCACUCCUCUUCAGAACAAUUUGUCAGAGUUGUGGUCGUUGUUGAACUUUUUAUUGCCCGAUAUCUUCGACGAUCUCGCUAGUUUUCAAGACUGGUUCAACUUCAAUGAUUUGCAAGAGAAGGAAGGGCAUCACGCGUGGUUGGAAGAGGAGAAGAAGGUUGGAAUUGUUGCCAGUCUACAUGCAAUCUUGAAGCCGUUCUUGCUCCGGAGGAUCAAGGCAGACGUCGAAACUAACUUGCCUCCCAAGCGAGAGUAUAUCUUGUAUGCACCUCUCACCAUGAACCAAAAGGAUCUCUACGGAAUGAUCUUGGAUCGCAAAGCUAAGGAGUGGUUGAUAGAACAACUACUUAGCAGCAGAAAUAGUAAUAAAAAGCGUAAGCUUUUAACUGUUGGCCAAGAAUCACCCAAUAAGAGAGCCAAGAGCCCUGAUCCAAAGCGGAAGAAAAAGUGUGUUUCAUACAAGGAACUGUCAGAUGAUGAGUAUUUUGAAAUGCUGGAAGAAGCACCCUCUGAGAAAGAGGAGCUAGAGCCUGCUCUCACUCAGGAAGAAAUGCAGAUUCUCCAAGCCAGUAAGUUUUCCGGCCGGCCUGCCACUUGAAUUUUUCACUGGUACAGUUUUCCCUGUCGAUAGCUUAUUAACUUUUUUGUUCUACCUUCCUUUCAACAGCUCAGGAGAUCGGCGCUAAGAAACUGCAAAAUCCUAUUAUGCAACUACGUCUCGCCUGCGAUAGUCCUCAUUUGUUUUACUGGCCUUGGGACCAGGGUGAUCCUGACGAACGUCUAGUAACUGCCUCCGGAAAGAUGAUGCUCCUCGAGAGACUCGUGCCGGCACUCUUCGCGAGAGGCCACAAGGUUCUUAUCUUCAGCCAGUUCACCAGGAUGCUUGACAUUCUCGAGGAAUGGGCCGUGACUCUUAGAAACUGGCCUGUUUGUAGAAUUGAUGGUGGAAUCAAACAAGAAGAUCGACGUGAGCACAUUAGGAGAUUCAACAAAGAGGAAGGGUGGAAUAUUUUCUUGCUUAGCACUAGAGCCGGUGGUUUGGGUAUCAAUGUAAGUCUCCCCUCUCUGCCCACUACCAAGACCCUUUUUAUAUUUGCUUUUCUUUAUUUUUUACUGACUUGAGUAACAGCUCACAGCCGCUGACACCGUCAUCCUCUUUGACUCAGACUGGAACCCACAGCAGGACCUCCAAGCCCAAGAUCGUGCGCACCGCAUUGGACAAAAAAGACCCGUGAUAAUCUACCGCUUCGCCACCGCCGCAACCAUAGAGCAGAGCAUCCUAGAGAAAGCAGAUGGUAAGCGCCGGCUCGAAAAGCUGGUCAUUCAGAAGGGCAAGUUCCGGAGUGUCUCCGCCCCCUCGGCGAUUGAGGAGGAAGAGAUCGCCCAGAUCCUCAAGGAGGACUUUGAGAAGGUCAAUGUCGUUGAGCAGGGCACGCAGUUGCUCACCGACGCAGAGCUAGAGACUUUAAUGGAUCGCAGCCCCGAAGCGUACGCUCGCGCUGCUAAGGGUAAGGAGGAGGCUAGUGGAGCGUUUAGAGUCGUGGAGACCGGUGUGAAUAAGGAGGAGGUGGAAGAGGCCUAAGCAGUCGAGGGCGGUGCUAAUGACGGACGGAACUGACGAAGUUUAACCUCCCGAACUAUCCCUCUUGAAGGAAGCAACGAAGGCGGAAGCGGGUUCGUGCAAUCAAUGUCAUAUACUUCCCAUCCCCCCUUUUUUCCCUUCUACCUCCCCCUUUUUUUUCCCCACAAAAACAUUAGGUGAUAUGGGUUAGACGUGCUGGCGGU